GCCCGAUCAGCCGUCCGCCCGCCCAACCCCGGCCUGCCGCCCUUCUCUUCCCUCCAUCCAGACACAUCCCCAUCAGACACAUCCCAUCCAGACGCUAUUCCGCAUCAAACGCUCUUUCGCAUCAGACGCUCUUUCGCAUCCAGCCGUUCUGCUUCCGGGCUCCUCUCCAUCGUCACCGCUCCUUCCCAUCAACGCUCCUCGUCGUCGUCCCUCCUGGACGCCAAGCUUCUCCUCCUUCGGCCAUCACAUCCCCCCUCAUCCUUCUCCUCCAAGCAUGGAAGCCGAUAAACGCCUGCCCGUCCAGACACCGACCCCGGCCGAGACCCCGCUCUCCAUCUCCCCACGCUCGAUAUCUUCGUCGACGCUCUCGUCUCGAGGCUCGUCCUCGUCGCCGGCCUCGCCCAUCCGCACCACCAAAAAGAACCGUUGCGCUCUCUCUGGCUGCUCUGAUCGUGUCGGGAAAAUCGUUGGCCACUGCCGGCACUGCUCGCAGGACUUUUGCUCCAAGCACCGCCUGGCCGAGGCCCACAACUGCAGUCAGCUCGAGUCGUGUCGACAAGCGUCUUUUGACAAGAAUGCUUCAAAGCUGCUGGAGGGCAAGUGUGUCGCCAGCAAGGUCUGAACGCACUCCAGCUUGGGCAUCCGGCUCGCCGCAGGCAUGAACCGCCAGCUCCUGCCCCGGUCCGACAUCCUCCCCCGGCGCUUUCCGCUCAGGAGCAGCUGCAUCUGCCAGUUUGCAAGGACCGAAUCGAUGAAGGGUACUCUAUUAUUGCGUUUUGUGUCUGGUUGUCUCUGUUCUGGCUCAUCCCCUCCAUCAUGCGUCCCGCCUGGCGUCCCCGCUGCCCAUCGCCAAUCCGUCCCGCCCCUAUCUCAUCUCCAUUCUCCUUCGCUUUGCACCGCUCUUCCGAAUCCCAUCUCCUUUCU